CUUAAAUAUAUUACAAUAUUUUAUACCAUAUAAAUAGUGAAGAAACUGCAGUAAGAAUUCAUUUACUAAAAUCGACAAUGAUCAAGUUAGUAAUUUUGUUAUCAAUAUUUUCGUAUGUGCGUUCGAGUUUAUUGUUUCCUAAACCAGAAGGACGCAUUGUGGGUGGAUUACCUGCAGAUAUUCUGAAUUAUCCAUGGCAAAUAUCAUUACAAUAUAUGGAGUCACAUUUGUGUGGUGGUUCUAUAUUUAAUGACAAAAUAAUUGUCACUGCUGCGCAUUGUUUAAAAAAUAUGACUGUCUCCGCAUUGCAAAUAAGAGCUGGUUCAUCUUUCUGGAAUAAAGAUGGUGUGGUCGUUAAAGUAGCUAAAUUUAAGAUUCAUGAAAAUUAUAGCUCAGAAAAUUACCGUAAUGAUGUUGGCGUAAUACUUUUAAUAUCUCCAUUACCAUUGGGUAGUAAUAUUCAACCUAUACCAUUAACCACUACUGAACCAGCAGGUGGUACUCCUGCAGUUGUUACUGGAUGGGGAGUUAUGGAACAGGGAUCUUCUUCGCUUCCACCACAGUUACAAUAUGUUAAUUUAAAUAUUGUUAAUCGUUUAAUAUGUGAGGUUCAAUACAAACUAUUUCCAAUUGAACCAAGCAUGAUUUGUGCCGGAGCCAAAGGUAAAGAUUCAUGCCAAGGCGAUUCUGGAGGUCCUUUAGUUGUUAACGGUGAAUUAGUUGGAAUUGUAUCUUGGGGUAAAGGCUGUGCCAAUCCAGAUUAUUCAGGAGUUUAUGCUAACGUGUUUGAGUUGCGUAAGUGGAUAACUGAAAAUGCAGAAACUAUAUAAGUUAUUUUAUAUAAUAAUUAACUUAUAACAAGAUUACCUUGUAUCUUACUUGAAUAAACCAACCUAGUUGUUGAGCCAAUAUUGUCCCAAAGUGGAAUGUACUAUAAAAUAUUAUUUGUGAA